AUGGCGGAUCCUUUGAGUGUUUUGAGGCAGUACAAUGUCAGUAAAAAAGAGAUAAUUGAACGGGAGAAUCAAAUUAUCUUCGGGGAAAUAUCCUGGCCCAAGAAUGUGAAGACCAAUUACCUUACUUAUGGAUCUGGUAAAGACGGAGCCCCGAAGGAGUACUACACCCUGGAAUGUCUGCUAUUUCUUCUGAAGAAUGUUCAGCUCACACAUCCGGUGUACGUCCGUCAGGCAGCAGCGGAGAAUAUUCCCCCAGUGCGAAGGCCAGACAGAAAGGAUCUGCUGGCUUAUCUCAAUGGCGAGACCUCGACAUCUCUGGCAAUCGACAAAUCCGCUCCCCUGGAGAUUCCCAGCCAGGUAAAACGAUCAGCCGAUGAUGUUCCAGAGCAUCCAAUCUCGAAGAAGCCAAAAUACGAGGAGACUGAUGUGCAAAAAGUGAAAGAGCAAUUGGCAGCGAGACUAGACGCCCCCAAAGAGUCCUCAGUGACAGUUGACAAUAUAAAAUCCCUCUCGGAGGCGAUGUCAGUGGAGAAAAUAGCCGCCAUAAAAGCCAAAAGAUUAGCAAAAAAACGUACGACAAUAAAGGAGAACGACGAUCUUGAAAAUGGAACAGAUCUGCGAGUGAUUUUAGCUGACGACACGAUUGUAUCACGAGAGAGACAGUGGAGAACGAGAGAUACGAUUCUCCUGAGCAGUGGAAAGACAUUCGGUAAAAAUGUCUUUGCAAUUUUGCAGAGUCUGAAAGUGAGGGAGGAGGGGAGAAGGCAUCCACCAACGGACAAGCCGAGAUCAGCGCCCCUGAGGCAAUUACCACAGCCCACAGUCUACAGCAGAUACGAUCAAGAACGUUUUGUUCGUCAGAAGGAGGAAACUGAGGGUUUCAAGAUCGAUACACUUGGGACUUACCAUGGAAUGACAUUAAAAUCAGUGACAGAGGGCAGCAAACCUCAGACCAAGAAGGAACCAACUCAGAACCCUCCAACACAAUCGGGAUUGCUACCAGUCUCUGCUGCCAAGGCCUCUCUACAAGCUGUACAGAAGAAGAGGCCCAGCAAAACACCCAUCAUCGUUGUACCCAGUGGCAAUACCUCUCUCAUCACCAUGUACAACGCCAAGGACAUCCUCCAGGACCUCAAGUUCAUUCCUAGCGAAGAGAAAUGCGCUGCUGGCUGCAAACGAGAGAGUGAAAUGCUUAUUCAGAGGAGGAAGGAUGGCGGACUCACUGUGCCUUACAGGAUCAUUGAUAAUCCUAGUAAAUUGACCACUGACGAUUGGGACAGGGUUGUUGCUGUUUUCGUGAUGGGACCAGCCUGGCAGUUCAAGGGGUGGCCCUAUGGGGGAAAUCCUGUCGAGAUAUUCUCGAAAAUUUGUGCCUUUCAUUUAAAGUAA